CCGGUUUUAAAUUUAACUGGGUUCCUGCCCAGCAUUUAAACCCACAGCCUACUACGGACAACAACCUGUUCCUCUUGAUCUUGCUCUCACAGAACGUUCUCGUCGCUCCUUUAGCUUUUUUGUCUUCCUUAGAAACCUUUCCUCCAUUUCCUCAAGAUGUCGAUCAUCGCCACUCCCCCCACCAAGUUCAUCCUCCCUGACCUCGUCUCUCAUUGCGAUUUCAAGCCGCGCAUGAACCGCCAUCACAAACAGGCUACUACUGAAUCAAAGCGGUGGCUGUUCCGUGGAGACAACCUCAACCAGAAGUCGCGCAAGGCGAUUCACGGGCUCAAGGCCGGUCAGCUCACAUCCAUGUGCUACCCAGACGCGGGAUUUUCUCAGCUUCGGGUCUGCUGCGACUUCAUGAACUAUCUCUUCCACCUGGACAACCUCUCAGACGACAUGGACAAGGUCGGAACCAAAGUAGUUGCAGAUGUUGUGCUGAACUCGCUUCAUCACCCGUAUGACUACUACUCGCCUACCCGAUUGAACAGAAUGACCAAGGACUUCUACAGACGUAUGCUUCCUACCGCCUCCCGUGGAACGUGCCGACGCUUCAUAGAGACGAUGGACUUCUUCUUCCAAGCUGUGCGCGUGCAAGCCAUCGACCGUGCCAAGGGGGUCGUUCCUGACCUUGAGUCCUAUAUCUCCCUGCGCCGCGAUACUAGCGGCUGCAAGCCCUGCUGGGCACUUAUCGAAUACGCCAACAACCUCGACAUCCCUGACGAAGUCAUGGAGCACCCGGUAAUCCAGAGUCUCGGCGAGGCGGCGAACGAUCUAGUCACUUGGUCAAAUGACAUAUUCUCCUAUAACGUGGAACAGUCAAAAGGAGAUACUCACAACAUGAUAUCUGUUGUCAUGCACGAACAAUGCAUAGACCUCCAGUCUGCCGUCGAUUUCGUUGGCGAGCUCUGCAAGCAGUCUAUUGACCGUUUCAACGAAAAUCGCGACCUUAUUCCUUCCUGGGGUACGAAGAUCGACAAGGACGUUGCAGUCUACGUCGGCGGUCUCGCAGACUGGAUUGUCGGAAGUUUGCAUUGGUCAUUUGACACUACACGAUACUUUCAGAACUCCGGUCGUGAAGUCAAAAGCACCAGGGUUGUCAGCCUCUUUUCUCGAAACAAAUGAUUCUCGAAAGCAUGUUUCACCGUUGCUGCCGGCCAGCCCCCCAACAAUACUUGAAGACGGAAUACACUCGUACAUCUGGUACUCGGGACCCGUCUCUUCACAUUCCUUUAGAUUCUUUUCUUGGACAUUUAGAGUAUUCACUGUCGCAGCCGGUCAGCGCUCAGCUCCCACACUCUUUUGAAGACGGAACACACUCGCAAUAGUCUGGCCCUCGGGUGUCUUGACUCAGCUAUCAUUUCACAUUCCUUUAGAUUGCUGGACAUUGAUAGACGCUAUUCACGAC